AUGUUUGCUAAUGACCGAGCCGAUGAAUUGGCAGCCAAGGGUGCCUCCAUGAUGGAAGUCUCUGCGGAGACGGAAAUCAGUGUGAAGACCCUUAGGCGUUAUCAGGCCGAAGCCGGGCGUCUGGCACUGCGUAGGUGGUGGUCAGACAAACGGGCCGGUCUAGGCACUUGCGUCAACGACUUCUUCUACUGUGCCUCGCAUGCGAGGCUAUGGAGUCGAGGGGAAGUUACGCCCGCUGGCAGUGCCGUGGUUUUCGGUAGGGCUCCCACUCCUGCGCAUCUUCACAGGUGUGGAGUGAUCGACUCUCCAGUGUGCGACUGUGGAGCCCCG